AUAGACAGUAAAGAAAAAACGCAGGCUAGUCCACCUGAGGGCGACGCAUUUGGGCACGGGCACCGGCGCUCUGGAGAGGACCCUACGGACCGACCGACACCAUGGGCCCGAGGAGCGCUUUACGAGGACUGGUGACGGUCACACUAGUUUUGAGCUGUGCAGUGGCCCAGCGGGUUGACUUUGAGUACAACCCAGAGUACAUUCCAGAGUACAACCCAGAGUAUAAUCCUGGCUUUGGAGCAACAAAUGGAAACGGUUUUGACAACACCAAUACCAACAAUAACAACCUCGGUGCUGCUGCUGCCGCAAAUACAAACAACAAUAACAACUGUGGAGGAGACUGUAACAACAACUGCUGUGGUUCAUGUGCUGCCAAGCCUGGACCCAGGGGUUUCCCGGGGUCGCGGGGUGCUCCAGGCUUCCCUGGACCCGAGGGUGUGCAGGGGGAAACCGGAACACGUGGUCCCAUGGGUUUCCCCGGAGACCCCGGAGCAAAGGGAGAAAGGGGAGACCAAGGACAGAUGGGACCACCUGGAGUUAUUGGGCCUGCAGGACCAGCUGGACCCCGUGGACUACAGGGAGGGAAAGGAGGGAAGGGAGCAGCAGGAGAUCCUGGGUUACGUGGAGAAAAGGGCUUAAGGGGACAACAAGGUCUUCCUGGUAUGAUGGGUGAACCGGGAAACCCUGGAGACACUGGACCAAUGGGUAUGCCUGGACUCUGUGGACCUAAAGGAGACCCAGGUGUUCCUGGGCUCCCUGGACCCCAAUCUCAAACAUCGGGACCAUCAGGUCCAGCCGGUCCACCGGGUCUGCCUGGUCCUCCUGGAAACCGGGGUCAGCAGGGCCCGCCGGGAACAUCUGGGUUUGGCACCAAAGGAGAGUCAGGACUGCCCGGCAACCCUGGACUGGACGGUCCACCAGGGAACCCUGGAAGACAGGGAGCUCCGGGUAUGUAUUAUGAAGAAGGCUCCCAGUUAUUGUUGGCAUAAUGUUCACUUUGUGUGCUGCAUAGGUGGAUUAUUAUCAUCU